CCCACCCUCUCACUACCCUCUGCAAUUACUCUUCUCUCCCACUUUUUUUUCCCUCUCCACACCCACUUUCUCCUUCUCUCUUUCUCAACACAUCAACACCACUCCACUCCCAAUAACAUAACCUUUUUCUUCUUCUUCUUCUUCUUUCUUCUUCACAAUUUUGAGUCUUUGAUCUUCAUUUCUUCUUUCUCUUCUUGUUUUUUUGGUUUUCUUUCAUGAAUCCACAAUUUGGUAAUUUUGUGUGUGUUUUUGUUUUUGUGAAGUAUUUAUAGAGUUAGAUUUCAUCUCUUUUCCUUUUACAAUUCUCUUUAUCUUUUUCAACCAUACACAGAGAAAAAGAAAGUGAAUUAUUUGUCCCCAAGAAAAAAAGUCCACUUUACUUUGAGAGAAUCUCAAAAAAGUUGAAAGAAACAUCUUUUUUUUUUGUUGUUGUUGUUUUUUUUUUUUUAAAAAAAAAAUCUCUCUCCCACCAUAAAAGAAAAUGAAGUAUUUUCUCUAGAAAAGAAAAAAAAAAUUGUAAUUUUUUUUUCCCUUGAGAAGAAAAUGCCAGCCGGAAUGAUGAUUCCAGCGAGAAACAUGGCAUCGUCGAUGAUCGGAAGGAAUGGAAAUGUUGGGAUUUUUGGCUCUCCAGCCAGCCUUGUUCUUGGUCAGGAGAUAGGAGGAGUGGAAAUGGGAGAAAAUGAAUAUGGAAGAAUGAGAGAAGCAGAAGAAUUAGAGAGUGGCACAAAAUCAAGCAGCGAGAACCACGAGGUCGGUUCUGGUGAUGACCAACUCAACCAACGCCCCAAGAAGAAGCGUUACCACCGCCACACUCAGCAUCAGAUCCAACAAAUGGAAGCGUUCUUCAAGGAAUGUCCUCACCCAGAUGACAAGCAAAGGAAGGAGCUGAGUAGAGAGUUGAAUUUAGAGCCAUUGCAAGUCAAGUUUUGGUUCCAAAACAAACGAACUCAGAUGAAGACCCAUCAUGAGCGACAUGAAAACACCCAGCUACGAACAGAAAAUGAGAAGCUACGAGCAGAUAAUAUGAGAUACAGAGAAGCUUUGGGUAAUGCCACGUGUCCCAAUUGUGGAGGUCCGACCGCCAUUGGAGAGAUGUCCUUUGACGAACAUCAUCUCAGGCUUGAAAAUGCCCGCUUGAGAGAAGAGAUCGAUCGAAUUUCAGCCAUAGCAGCAAAAUACGUUGGAAAGCCAGUAUCAAACUACCCUCUUCUUUCCACACCAAUUCCUUCACGUCCUUUAGAAAUUGGAAUGGGAAGUUAUGGAGGCCACGACGCCGGCCUCGGACCCGGAGGCGGGGACAUGUACGGUGCAGCAGACCUUCUUCGGACCAUAAGCGCGCCAUCGGAGGCCGACAAGCCGAUAAUCAUCGAGCUUGCGGUUGCAGCCAUGGAGGAACUAGUCCGAAUGGCUCAGAUGGGUGAGCCAUUAUGGAUGACAGGGCUUGAUGGGUCAACGGCUGUGCUUAAUGAAGAGGAAUAUGUUAGAAGCUUUCCUAGAGGAAUUGGUCCUAAGCCUUCUGGGUUUAGCUGCGAAGCUUCUCGUGCUACUGCUGUUGUCAUUAUGAAUCAUAUUAGCCUGGUUGAGAUGCUCAUGGAUGUGAAUCAAUGGUCAACAAUAUUCACUGGGAUAGUGUCAAGAGCUAUGACAUUAGAAGUAUUAUCAACCGGCGUCGCUGGGAACUACAACGGAGCAUUACAAGUGAUGACAUCCGAAUUGCAAGUGCCUUCGCCUCUUGUUCCAACUCGGGAGAGCUAUUUCGUGAGAUAUUGUAAACAACAUGGUGAGGGAACAUGGGCUGUGGUUGACGUCUCCUUGGACAAUUUACGCCCAGCUCCUGCACUUAGAUGUAGAAGGCGGCCAUCCGGCUGCUUAAUCCAAGAAAUGCCCAAUGGCUAUUCUAAGGUUACAUGGGUUGAGCAUGUUGAGGUGGAUGAUCGUGGGGUCCACAGUUUAUACAAUCAGCUAGUUAGCUCUGGCCACGCGUUCGGUGCAAAGCGUUGGAUUGCCACGUUGGAUCGUCAGUGUGAACGACUCGCUAGUGCCAUGGCCACAAGUAUUCCUACCGGUGAUGCUGGAGUGAUAACAAAUCAAGAAGGAAGAAAAAGCAUGUUGAAGCUGGCUGAGAGAAUGGUGAUGAGCUUUUGCGGCGGAGUGAGUGCGUCGACCACACAUACUUGGACGACUUUGUCUGGAACUGGAGCUGACGACGUUAGAGUUAUGACGAGAAAGAGCAUUGACGAUCCCGGCAGACCUCCCGGCAUUGUCCUUAGUGCCGCCACUUCCUUUUGGCUUCCUCUUCCUCCCAACAGAGUCUUCCAUUUUCUCAGAGAUGAAAAUUCUCGUAAUGAGUGGGAUAUUCUUUCAAAUGGUGGAGUUGUUCAAGAAAUGGCUCACAUUGCCAAUGGCCGCGACACAGGCAACUGUGUCUCGUUGCUACGAGUUAACAGUGCAAAUUCAAGCCAAAGCAACAUGUUAAUACUACAAGAAAGCAGCACAGACCAAACAGCCUCGUUUGUGAUCUACGCGCCGGUGGACAUUGUGUCCAUCAACGUCGUGCUAAACGGCGGCGAUCCCGAUUAUGUGGCCCUUCUCCCUUCUGGAUUUGCCAUUCUCCCCGACGGAACCACCGCGUCAAGCAGCGGCGGCGUCAAUGGCGUGGCGGAACAUGGGUCCGGGGGGUCGCUUUUAACGGUGGCGUUUCAAAUUUUGGUUGACUCGGUUCCUACAGCAAAACUGUCUCUUGGGUCAGUUGCAACGGUCAACAAUCUCAUUGCGUGUACGGUUGAAAGGAUUAAAGCCUCUUUGUCAUGCGAUAAUCCUUGAAGCCCUCACCCUCAAUUUCGCAACCUCGGAAGGAAAAAGAUGAGUGGAAGAAGUCAAGAACGCACCUCGAAAUGUAGAAGGAAGAAAUUAUUUAAAGUUGGGUAAGCAUUUAAUGGUGGGGGGUUCGGGUAUUGACUUUCUCCAUUAUUAUUAUUAAUAUUAUUAAUGUAUCUAAAAGUUUAUGGUAAUUUUUCUUGCUUUAGAAAAAAAAAAGAAGUUUAUGGUAAUUUUAGGGUUUUGGGAGUAUCAGUUUCUUCAUGGCAUAAUUCUGUUGUGUUUUUAAUUUAUUUUAUAGUUUUCCAAUGUGUUCAUUAUUAGAGAGAGGGUGUGGGGAAGCCCUUACCCUAAUGCCUCUCUAUAUAUAUAAGUAUAAUAUAACAUUUCCAAGUUGUUUUCCCCCCAAAAUUUACCUUCAUUAAAUCAAGUUGAUUGUGUAUUAUCUCA